AUGGCAGUUCGGAGUGAAUUGGGCUCUAAAUGGUUGAGAGUGGUCCCGAGCAUCGUCUCUGGUACCAGAAUGGAUGAUGUUGGCGUUCGUGUUAGAUUGGGGUUACGAAGUAUGAUUCCAAGUGUAGUGGUGCAAAGACCUGAUGGAUACACAAUGGUUUUUUGGGCCCAAGGACGCUCUUUGGCGUUGGACGUAACUUUUCUCUACACAAUGGCCAAAGGAUAUAUAGAUUUUACGUCAAUGGAGGCUGGGACCGAUGCGAUAAAUAAGCUUUCAAUCCCAGUUCUCAAGGAACCAUCCGGCAUUUCUGCGCAUGAUGGUAGGCGCCCGGACGGAUGCACACCAAUACCUUGGAGAGCCGGUAGAUGUUUGGCGUGGGAUGUUACGGUUCCUCACACCCUUGCUGAACGAUAUGUAAACCUGACAAGUAAAGAAUGCGGUUUGGCCGCGGCCAGGGCAGCGGACGAGAAAAUGAAAAAAUAUGGGAACGCCCUCCCCUCGAUGGAACUCUUGCCAAUAUAUAUCGAGCGCAAACAUUCAUCAUCAUCUGAUCUCUCUGUGGACAGCCUGGAGGACAAAACCAACGACAGCUCGGAUAUCCUACCUACCUGCUCGUUGGCCGCUAAGUUAAGAGGCGGCUCUUUCCGCAUAUCAAAACCGAAACAACCUGACGAAACGCCACCGACACCGCCGUCAAACUCCAAAGAACCCCGCCCUUUGUUGCCUUUGUUUAAAAAUCCUCUGCCCGUCUUCGGCAGCUUUCUUCGGCGAGAUCGGCGUACAAACAACGAACCCACCAAGGUACUGUCGGAGAAUCACUCGCCUUCAAAAAAAAAACCCGAAGUGAAAAGCGGCCAGACGGAGUCUGCAUUGAGAUCAUCGUGGAGACACGGCAUAGCUCAUUGGUUGCACUUAACAAGAACAUCUAACCUCAUAACAAAUAGCAACAGCGUUAACAACAACAGCAAUAAAAACAACAACAACAGCAACAGCAGGGCGGCAAAACAUCAUCAAGUCCGGAUGCACCAGGUGAACUCGAACAACACCGCCCCCAUGUGCAUCACCCUCAUAAGCAAUCAUGGUAGAAAAAGUAGUCUUACAAUAACAAACAAUAUCAUCACCAAGACUUCUCCCGGUUUUUAUGGGAAGCUGAAUGAAAAAUCAUUCGAACGAAUACCGAUCGUACAAAAGCAAUCGGACCACUUCAGACAGCAGCAGCAGUCGUUAUAUCAGCAACCACAAAUGCAACACAAUAGUAAAUUAUUGAGCAUCACUCAUGAUUUAAUAGAGGCAGCUGAAUCUCUCGUUUCAACGACGGCAACCACAACAACUUCAACGACGACAUUAUUUUACAACAUUCCAUCAACACUAUCAACAAUAAACAACACAACAUCAACAACAACAACAACCACAACACCGCAAAAUUGCAGACUAAACAACAACAAUGACGAUAACAACAACGGCAACAACAACUACAGCAACAGCAGAGAAUGUUCUAUGAGGCGGUUGGAACUGAGCAGACGAGCAACUGGAUGGGAGGAAUGUCCGAAAUGCAUGGACGCCAAUCAUUCCUCUGAUGAGGUAAAUAAUUUUUGUAUGCUAUAUUCCAAAAUCGAUACAGAGUCCAAUGCUGGCGACGAUGGACAACUGCACAAGUCUGGCUUCCACGUUGGGCUCGUCAAUACCAUGCCUCCUGGCCAACAACAUCACUUCAGCAGAGAGUUGGCCGGCAUCGUAGAAAGGAGGAAUGCGUGCAAGUUGAUGAGGAUGAUUGAAGUAAAAAUUUCGAAUGAAAAUCGGCUGUUCAAUUUGAAGCCUUCAAUUUUCAGCAAAAUCCGGAUCUACGAAAUUGCGUUCCGUAAAUAAAAACUUGUAACAAAACGCAAAUUUUUUUAUUACAGUACAAAAAUUUAUUGUUUGCGUGUUAUAAACUUCAAUUGUGCAGAUCAAGUUGCAAAUUAGUCUGAGGAUGAUAAGGUUGCAAAAACAUAUCAGUUAUUAAUUUCAAUAAUUAAUUUUGAAAGUUUAUUGGUCGUUUCAGAAUUUCAUUUUAUUUAUGAGGCAACUAUCAUGCUGAAAGAUUUUUAAUUAUUUGCGAGUAAACAUGUCCAGCGACGAAACCUGGCUGAUGAAUGAUAGAUAAUUUGAUGGCAACACAGAAUCAACAUUGACGUUGCAUACAAAUGACAAACACGCAUACACGUAACAAAUAAAGAUUACAAAACAACACACGAUGUAAUUGUUGUUUCGAACCACCCAACCAAUCAUUUCUCGACUUGGUCGACAUUCAAAUGCCUUAACAACGGCUGCACACUGGAGACAUCGGAAAGAUGAUUGAAAAGAAAAACAUUAGGCCAUAAUUUUUAUGAACAUAUUGCAUUCCAUUGUUUUUAAUGUUAAAAUGUCACCUGAAACAAAAAGUUCCAACCAAAAAGAUUGUUUCUAUUUCUUUCUUAAUUUUUUUAUAAAUUUCUUAUUAAUAUAUAUAUAUAUAUAUAUAUAUAUAUAUAUAUAUAUAUAUAAUGUGCGUGGUUUUUGUUUAUGUUAACAAAUUUUAAUCAGCUGUGUUGAUAACCUUUUGAUGAAUAAUUUUUAACUUUUGCAAUUUUUUAGAAGUACUAAUAGAGAGUAAUAAAGGUUUUCUUUCUUAUUUGUUUAAUGAGAAGUCGUUAAGAAGCAGACGGACAGAUUGAUUUUGAAGUGAUAAAUUUCUUGCUCAUUGUGUUUUUAUUAGUGUCAACCACCCACCCCACCCAUGCACGUUCUCGUUCAUUGCGCACCACCAGACAGACGCAUCUCCACACAUGUACAUAAUAUAAUAUUUGCAAGCAAGCACACGAGAUGAACACAGGACACAUGAAUUCAUCAUGUGGAUAAUAAUCCUCACCUGGUGUAAAGUUUUUCUAAUUUUUUAAAAUUAUUCUUUUUCAUUUAAAAAAAUAUUCGUUAUUAUUCCUUUUUUCAAACAUUUUUCAAACGUUGCAACAAAAUUUUAUACUCUAGGCUAGUUGUUUUAAGAUGGCGCAAAAUAAGCUCACCGUGCGUGAAUUUCUGAUUUAAAAUUCUUCAUUUCAAUAUUAUCACAAGAGAGGUGUCCAAACUACCAAGCAUUUUUUUGAACGUUGUCACUCAUUUGUCGUUGCAAUUCAAAUAUUUCGAUCAAUCCACCAUCGUGUAAGCGCUGAUGGAAAAAUUGAACUUUUGAAUUAAUUAAACGAACAAUCGUUUGAUUAACUAACUACUUAACGGACUCAAUCAAUUUUGUCUGCGGUUUCUCAUUUUGAUAAUUUAAAUUUCUAUUAGACAUUUGUUAAUGGAUCUAAAGCAUAGUCCGUCCUAACGUGCAAUUAACAUGAAUUAUUUGCCGUUUUAUGUUCCUUCAAGAGACAAUCCCAAGAGUUUCAUUAGUUUUCGAUCAGUUAAACAUUUCUUAGAUUAUUUCCAUUAUUUUACGCUAGUUUAUUUGUUAAUUUAUCAAUCGACCAAUGGGGAAUACAUGAUUUGUAUUGUAAUGACGUUACAUGAACAAUGUUGUAAUAUGUAUAUUAGGCACUUCUUUAGUUCUUAUCAUCUAAUUUGUUGUUUCGUUUUUAUUCUGUGAUAUUUAACACAUUACAAUAUUAAUGAAUUUUUAAAUUUGUUUGUGAUUUUUAUAUAAUUUUCAUUUUCUUUAUUUCACCCUUUCGGAAGGCUGUUGAAACCAUGUGGCAAAAAAUGAUGCUGGUUUGUAAAAAAUUGAUGGCUCUACUUGAAAAACGGAAAAAUAAAUAAGGAAUAUAUGCUUGAUUAAACAGUAACGAAAUUAAUAUUAUGCUUUCAAUGCAAUUCAAACUGAACAUCAUUCGACACUGCAUUAAACCAAAAUAAACCUGCCAAAUUAUAGAAUUAUUUGAAUUAUAAAGGGUUAUUUAUAAUGGAACAUAUUUAGAAGUGAAUUUGUUAUUAGAUUCAUUGUUUUGUUGCAUAUUUAAUUUUGUUUGAUGUUCGUAUUUAACAUCUUUAUCAAUCAUCGGUGUAUAUUAAAAGUCGUCAAGCUGAA